GGCAGAAGCCACACCCACCAAACCCCAAGCUUCAAAAGGUGAUGUCCUUUUCCUCUCUUUUAAGACAGUCUUUUCUUUCCCCUACUCGCUCUCUAUGGCGGAAGGAUACAGGAGUAGCCCUGUGCAAAGCUUUAAGCACGGGCCCAACCAAAACGCUAACACUUAUAGAAGGUGACGGGAUUGGACCAGAAAUAUCAGAUUCUGUCAAGGAAAUAUUCAAAGCUGCCAAAGUUCCCAUAGGAUGGGAGACUGUGAGUGUGAAGCCCGUCAUUGGAGAGGGUGGUCGUGUGACCGUACCUGAGGAUGUCAUUCAUUCAAUGAAGAGAAACAAAGUUGGGCUGAAAGGUCCACUUGAGACACAGAUUGGUAAAGGAGCUGUUUCACUUAAUCUGACAUUGAGGAGAGUAUUCAAUCUUUAUGCUAACCUAAGGCCGUGCCGAUCAAUAGAAGGAUACAAGACGGCAUAUGAUAAUGUUGAUCUUGUUACUAUCAGAGAAAACACUGAAGGAGAAUACAGUGGCAUUGAACAUGAGGUGGUUGAUGGUGUGGUCCAAAGCGUGAAGUUGAUUACUAAAGAUGCCUGUUUACGUGUGGCUCAAUAUGCUUUUGAGUAUGCAAGGAAGUCAGGGAGGAAGAUGGUGACUGCAGUUCACAAGUCAAACAUAAUGAGAAGAGGUGACGGGUUGUUUCUCAAGUGUUGCUUUGAGGUCUCUGAUAAAUAUAAGGACAUAAAAUUUAAUGAGAUGUACCUGGACAAGGCUUGCUUAUUGCUGGUACAGGAUCCCUCUCUGUUUGAUGUUCUUGUGAUGCCUAACCUCUAUGGUGAUAUACUCAGUGAUCUUUGUGCUGGGCUGGUUGGUGGAUUGGGGCUCACUCCCAGUGGUAAUAUAGGCAGUGAUGGAGUAGCUCUUUUUGAAGCUGUAAGACCAUCAAUAUUAUAGUACAGUACAUGUACA